AUGUCCGACCAGGUCACGCAAUCCCGCAUCGUCCGUCGGAGGAAUCCGCGCCCAAUCAAUUCUUGCAUCGAGUGCCGCCAACGCAAGUCGCGCUGUUCUAAGACGUCGCCAUGCCAGAAUUGCACCGCCUUCGGGAGGAAUUGCGUGUUCAUAACCAUUCCGGAAACUCAACGUCGAAGGCCACGGGAGUCUAUAUCAAGAUCCUCAGCGGACUGGACCCAACCUCUUCCACUACGUACUCUAAACGAUUCACCCGGCCCGAGCGCGGAGCAUCAUGCCAGUGGAUCCACCACGACGCCAGGCACCCCCCCACGUGAUUACGAAUGGGAGGCUUAUCAGCAAGAUAUUGAUGUAGACGACGACGCCUGGGCCAAACUCCCCUUAGAUCCAGAAGCCGCGCAUGAUGGCGUUUACGAGGACGAAGACGAGGAUUGGGAUGUAACCGAAUUCAACCUACAGAUCGGAAGAAUGGUUCUUGUCGAUAGAGUUGGGGCUCCUCUCCGUCCCCAGUACGCAGAAGAGUUGGGGAGACUCCUCUCAAAUCGUCCUAAGCAAUCCUCAUCUAGCAUAAGCCACACUAUCACCGAGCCUUCUACUUUGCUUUCUUCCCAAAAGGUUCCUUGCCCCUCGCCAUCUCUCUCGUUACUCUUAGCACUUCCUGCUUCCGGCUCUCAAACCGAUGGCCCCAACGAUGUUCGGCUUCCUACUAGAGUAGAAGCGGAGACCCUGUACCAGAUCUAUCUUGAAUCCGUCAAUCCAAUUGCUCAUGUGCUGCACAUUCCGUCUUUCAAGAGACUUUUCGAUACUUUUUGGGUGAACGUUGAGCUGGGAAACCCUAAUUCCGUAUCAUCGAUGGCACUUGUCUUGGCAGUGUGCAUGGCGGCCGCUUCAAGCCUGACAGUGCUUCAAUCGAAGACUCAGUUCGGACUCGAACAAGAAGACCUUGCUCGAAGAUUACAGACAGCUACCGAGCAAGCUCUGAUCAGAGCCAAUUGGACGAAGACAUCAAACAUCCGAACUCUCCAAGCGUUCACUAUAUAUCUAAUGCCGCUCUGUCGAGCUCAGGUUUCUCGUACAACAUCUGUCCUCGUCGGUGCUCUCAUCCGUCUCGCUCAAUGCAUCGGUAUCCACCGUGCUAGCCACAACCUUUCUACUUCUCUUAAUCCUUUACAACGUCAUGUCCGAUCACUAUUAUGGCACCAAAUAUGCUUUCUCGAUGUCAAAUCAGCAGAAUCACAAGGACCUCUUCCCUCAAUCCGAACCGACGAGUUCGAUAUAUCGCUUCCGCUAAAUGUUGAUGACGAUGCCUUUGAGUUUGGCACUCCUAAGUGGCAACCGCAUCCCGUCUCCGUCCAAGGCUGGACCGAUGCAACUUUCUCUAUUAUCCGCUACGAAUGCAACGAGAUUCAUCGUCUGAUUUUUCGAGGCCGCACGGAAAUGGACCGCAACGCAAUCACUCUGCACGACAUUCGCGCCCAGGUCGAGUCUCACAAGCGCCAGAUACACUCCAACUACCUCCGCUUUCUCGACCCGCAAAUCCCGAUCCAACGCUGCGCGGGUUUGGUUGCUACACUCCUCCUUUCGCGUUGCGAUUCCAUGCUGCUGUACCGCCACUUGCCCCAGAAUCCCUCGCACACACGUACGGAAUCUGAAAAUCGUCUCCGAGAUGUGUUGAUCACAGCUGCGUUGAUGACUCUUGAAACUGGCGCAACGCUGGAGACACUGCCGUCACUAAACCCCUGGGCGUGGUACGCAAGCUCAUAUCAGCAGUACAACUCUGUGCUGCUACUCCUGAGUGAGCUGUACCGCACCCCUGACCUACCAAAGAAGGACCGUAUGUUCACCAUCAUGGAUCAUGUAUUCGGGCACUGCUAUGGUGUAGGCGUCCAGGAGAGGUGUGGGGAUAUCUUGUGGGCGGUCAAGGAGAACCUAGAAGUGUUCUUUGGGAUGCGGGGUGCCCAAAAGAGGAGGGCAGCGCAGGGCCAAGCCAACGUGGUCAAGGGAAACAGUCAUAGUCAAUUUGGCUCGGACUCUGCAUUAGGGUCUAUGAAUGCGCAACCACAUCAGCCUAUGGGAGCUUUGGAUGUGGAUCUCGACUCGCUACUACAAGGGUUUGGCAAUGUAGCGACGGCUGACGCCUACGAAGACUUCUUGCCAGCCAUGCCGUCAACAGAUACUGGGGCCAUAUUCGUACCCGCCGACUCUGGCAUUGAGAACGAUUGGCUGGCUGGCGGCGCUAAUGAGCAGAACCCGCCGUUGCAGCAACGCGUAAGUCACUACGACCAGUUUAGAUGA